AUGAAUAAAAUCUAUAUGCUUUUCUUUAUUAUCUUGGUUGUAGAAUGUACUCCACGAGAUCCUUUUCCGUUUGGAUUGGACGAUCGACCGGAUCCGUUCUCGAGUAAUGCGGGACUAGAAGAACGAGAGCAUUCUCAAAAACGAAGUCAACACCAUCAUCAUUAUCGUCAGCAUCGCCCACAAGAAUUCAAUCAAGAAAACACGUGGGGAUUCGACGAAGAAGAAAAUGCCCAAGAACAGAAAAAUGAUCGGCAAGCGCUGAAUGAUAGAAUCGCUUCGAGACCUAGACCUGCUCCAGAACUGCCAACUACUACUGUAGAUCCAGCGGAAGAUUUGAGAUCUGCAGUCAGAGAUGCCCAAUCGGGAAUAACCACAACUGAUUUACCACCAGACCCAAAGCAUAAUGGACUUUUGAAAGAUGUUGGAACCAUUGGUGUCGGAUUUGGUGUGGGCGUCGGCGUUCCUGGAAACGAUCCGGUGUCUGUUGGAACUGGUGUCAAUGUUGGUCUCGGCGAAUCUGGGCCUGCUGGAGGUCUUCCUCCAUUCACUGAAACUAUAUUUCCAAGACAGGGAGAACAAAUAUCGCUGAACGACUAUGAUGGGAAUAAGGAUUUGAUUGUGUCAGGAAAAGCGUUGAAGUAUAUACAAGCUGUUAGGCUUGGUUUCAUUAAACUUCCACAAUAUGCUCCACGAAAAUCACUGGUUGGAGUCAACAGUGGAAUCGGAGUUCUAGGAGCACAGGCACCGACUGGAGGAUAA